GUUUGGCGAUCUGGGCUUGUGGUCGGCAUGAUUACCAGUCGAUGUGGGCCUGUUUCACAAUAUAAAUUCUGUGCCAGUAUCUUUUGACCAAUAUAUUUGGAAGAGACGGGUCCUCUCAAAGGCAGGACAUAUACUUUAAGUAAGAGAACUUACUUUUGGUGAAGACUGUACUGGUGAGAAAUGAAAUUUUCCGUCCUCCUCCUUCUUUUUGUCGAUUUAUGUCGAAUUAUGAUGAGUAUGGCUAUUAAUUUUGUAUUACAAAUGAUCAGGAAGGUUGGGGCUUUAAAACAAUGUAAACGCUGCUUUUCUUUUCGUAUCAAACCUUGGUCACAGUCUCCAAUCAAAGUCCAUCCGUCGAAGAAGUAACAUUGCGAAAAACUGUCUCAAUUUUGGCAAAAUGACAUUCUCACAUUUAACAACUGUUGUACUAGCAGUUACUUUCGCCUUCGUCGUUAUCCCUUCCACCGAAGCUCUCAAGUGUUACAAUUGCUUUUUCCUGCAAGGAAGUAAUUCUUCGAUCUCGACGCCACAAUGCGAGUCCAAUACGAAAAACUUAACCUCAAUGAAUUGUGGAACAAGGACAGCAGAAGAAUUUUUGACCGUAACGGCUUCUCCCAGCUAUUCCCGGAAUUCUGUACUCGCCGUGAAGACUUUGUGCGGAACUGGGAAGGGGACUUCCAACGGUAAGAAGGUCGUUUUAAGAACGUGCAUUCCACUGGCGGAAAGUACUCAUGAUGGGAAGUGCAAUAAGUACUACGAUUGGACAAUCACGUUCCCGAACGGUACAACCUUUCUUCGUUUUCCGGCAAAUGGUACCAACGCUUUGGAGACUUGCUUAUGCUCCAAGGACGACUGUAAUGGGCAAAAUAACGCGAACGGGUUACACUCUGGGGUAGCGGUGGCUGUUUUGGGAACAUUCCUUGUCGCAUUGAGGACAUUAUAUUAAGCUUUAUUUUGUAUGAAUAAAAAUUGAAAAUUGAAGUGAACGCAAUUAUUUCACAUACGCGUAUAUUUAAAAAAUAAUACUUAUCUACGUACAUACACGAUUAAUAAAUUCAGCAUUGUGUUACGUAAUUGUAAAAAUAAAAUGUUCAGAAGGGA